AUGCGUUGUUUAAAAAUAUAUGCAAGAGAUGUAAAAGACCGUCAAGAAGUUACUCUAGAUGACUUUGGAGAGCCAAUUGGACCUGAUGACCAAACUGUUUCUGGCUUAGGCUAUUUCCUCGGAACUAUAGCAAGGAAUGCAAAUUUUUGUCCAUUGAUCUAUACAAAUUUCAAAGAGUUGCUUAAAGAUGAAACAGAUCCUAAGCGUCAUAAUUAUCAUAUUUGGAAAUAUAUUAAUACGAAGUUCAACAUUUCUGAAGAAGAAAAAAAGCAGUGUAUGCUCGAAUAA